CCAACUUUACGAUUUGUAUUAACAUAUUUUCAAUCUGCAUUUAAAUGUUUGAAAGCUUGCUAUAUAAACCCGAGCCAGGUUGUGUUUGCUAUCAUUUGGUAUAACUACUUUAGGUGAGGCAUUUUAUAAUCCCUACAAUGCUCCGUCUUAUGGUUCUUAUGAUAACUUUGGCUUUAAUGACUGGUAGUGCUUAUGGUGCUAUCGAUCAGCUGAUGCGAGCUAUUACUGGUGGACUCGGGGGAGGUGCCAGAGCGAAUAUACCCGUUUCCGUUAACAGGAGGUUCACUGUUGUCUCACCUAAUGGGGAGCUUUCUUUUGGAUAUGGCUAUCGUCCUGGAUUCUUUUGAAUACUACUGUUUUGCGCUGCGGUCUGGUUGUUUCUUAUAAAAAACAUACUUUUAUGAAAAUUUAAAUAUAUUAAUUAAACGCAAA